AAGAUUUUGAAUAAAAACCCACAUUUUCCUUUUCAUUUACUGCAAAAUUGUUAGUCUAAAAAAUAAAACACCAAAAGAAUCAGUUUUGCCUUGUUGAUGAUCUUCAAUGGCUUUAUUUUCACAGUUAUUUAUACUAUAUUUCUACUUUAUAUCCUCUGUUGUAUCCCAAGUUUCAGAGUUUAUCAGUUUAGAUUGCGGAAGCACAGUUGAUUACACUGAUCCAAGUACUGAGCUUUCAUGGAGUUCAGACAUGGAUAUCAUGAAACACGGGAGAAGAGUAUUGGUCGAAACCCCGACCGGUAACUCGGUGCAGUAUCAAACUCGAAGAGACUUUCCUUCGGACAACAAGAAGUAUUGUUACAAUUUGAGGACCAGGGAGAGAAGAAGGUACCUUGUUCGUGCAACGUUUCAGUAUGUAAGCUCUGGAGAUGUCGAUGCAUACCCGAAAUUCGAGCUCUACUUAGAUGCGACCCUGUGGGGGACUGUGACAAUUCAAGAGGGCUCCAAAACAUAUGUGAAUGAAAUGAUCAUAAGGGCUCCAUCAGAUUCCAUUGAAGUUUGCUUAUGUUGUGCAACAACUGGUUUUCCCUUCAUUUCAACACUCGAGCUUCGCCCCUUGAAUCUUUCCAUGUAUGCUACAGAUUUUGAGAAUGAUUUCUUCUUGAAUGUGGCAGCUAGAGUGAACUUUGGUGCUUUAACAAAGGAUUUAGUGAGGUAUCCAGAUGAUCCAUAUGACAGAUUUUGGGAGUCUGAUCUCGAUAGGAGGCAAAAUUUUCUUGUAGGAGUGGCUCGUGGAACAGAAAGAAUCAAAACGUCGAAGAACAUUGAUAUAAGAACCAGAGAAUAUCCGCCUGUUAAAGUGAUGCAAACGGCAGUUGUUGGCACUGAAGGAAAUCUUAGCUACAGAUUAAACCUCGAAGGCUUCCCCGCCAAUGCUCGAGCCUAUGCAUACUUUGCUGAAAUUGAAGAUUUGGCUCCGAACGAAACCCGAAAAUUCAGAUUGCGAGAGCCCUACAUCCCUGAUUAUAGCAAUGCUGUGGUAAAUAUAGCUGAGAAUAGCAACGGGAGCUACACGCUUUAUGAACCGAGUUACAUGAACGUUACUCUCGAUUUUGUUCUGUCAUUCACUUUUUCCAAGACAUAUGAUUCUACUCGAGGACCACUCCUUAAUGCAAUUGAGAUAAAUAAAUACCAGCAGAUUGCUGCAAAAACUGACAGGCGAGAUGUGGCUGCUCUCGAUGCCAUUCGGAAUAUUGCUGCCGGAAGCGUAUGGGCAAAUGAAGGAGGUGAUCCUUGUGUUCCUACUCCCUGGGCAUGGGUAAAUUGCAGUCCAACACCUCCAAGAAUAAAUAAAAUUGCACUGUCAGGACAGAAUCUGAAGGGCCAAAUUCCAUCCGAGAUUAAUCAAAUGGAGGGAUUGAUUGAGUUGUGGUUGGACUCCAACACCUUAAUAGGGCCAUUACCUGAUAUGAGUAGCCUUAUCAAUCUGAAAAUUGUACAUCUGGAGAACAAUAAACUUAACUGUUCACUACCUUCGGACCUUGGCCGUCUGCCUAACUUACAAGAGUUGAACAUACAGAACAACUUGUUUUGUGGGGAAAUUCCUGCGGCAUUGCUAAGCAAGAAAAUAAAUUUCGAAUAUGAAGGUAAUCCUGGACUACAUAAUGAGGCACAGAGAAAACUGCGUUUUAAGUUGAUACUUGGAGCCUCAAUCGGAGUUCUGGCGGUUUUAUUAAUUCUUUUCUUGGCAAGUUUAAUUUUGUUGCGCAAUUUCCGAAGGAAGAUGUCUCACCGAAAAUGCGAUGAAAAUGGUACCCUGCAACCUGACACCAAACAAUCAACGGCCUGUUCAAUAGCACGGGGCGGGAAUUUACUGGACGAAGGUGUGGCAUACUGUAUCUCACUGUCUGAUCUAGAAGAAGCAACUAACAAUUUCAGCAAAAAGAUCGGCGAAGGAAGUUUUGGAUCCGUCUACUAUGGCCAAUUGAAAGACGGAAAGGAGGUUGCAGUCAAGACAAUGGGUGAUUCAUCUAGCCAUUUGAAUAAGCAAUUUGCGACUGAGGUUGCCCUCUUAUCAAGAAUUCAUCAUAGAAACUUGGUUCCUCUAAUCGCGUAUUGUGACGAAGCUCAUCAACGUAUAUUAGUUUAUGAAUAUAUGCACAAUGGAACUUUGAGGGAUCACAUAUAUGGUUCAGUCAACCAGAAGCCAUUGGAUUGGCUUUCUCGUUUACGAAUUGCAGAAGAUGCAGCUAAAGGCCUUGAAUACUUGCACACUGGCUGCAACCCAAGUAUAAUUCACCGAGAUGUAAAAACAAGCAGCAUUCUUCUAGACAUUAACAUGAGAGCAAAAGUGUCUGAUUUUGGACUUUCAAGACAAGCUGAGGAAGAUUUAACCCAUGUAUCAGGUGUGGCACGAGGAACAGUCGGUUACCUUGAUCCCGAGUACUAUGCAAGUCAACAACUGACUGAAAAGAGUGAUGUGUAUAGUUUCGGGGUUGUUCUUCUGGAACUCAUCUCCGCAAAGAAACCAGUAUCAGUUGAAGAUUUUGGUCCUGAACUUAACAUUGUUCACUGGGCAAGAUCCUUAAUACGCAAAGGCGAUGUAAUAAGCAUUGUAGAUCCAUAUCUGGUAGGAAAUGUCAAGAUUGAGUCAAUCUGGAGGAUUGCUGAAGUGGCUAUCCAAUGCGUUGAACAACGCGGAUAUUCUCGCCCCAAGAUGCAGGAGAUCGUUUUGGCUAUACAAGAUGCAGUGAAAAUCGAGAAAGGGGAUGAAGGCAAUGCACAGUUAGUUUGUGGUAGUUCCAGGGGUCAAUCUUCAAGGAAAACUCUACUUGAAAGCUUUCUUGAAACCGAAAGCCCCGAUUUUUCAAAUGGCAGCCUAGUCCCAUCUGCUAGAUAAUUUUGCAGCUCAACCAGCUGGUAUCUUAUUGGCCUAUGUGCUAUGGUGAUAAUAUCACUGUCAUUUAAAACGAAGUUUGUAUAUUCGGAAUGUAAACAACUGUAUCACAGGCUUACUACUUUUAAAUAUGCGAAGUUACUGUCUUUUCUGUACCUA